AUGGAAAAUCAGACAGAAGUCACUCAUUUCAUAUUGCUUGGCCUGACAGAUCGACAGGAGGCUCAGAACUUCUUGUUUGUUCUUUUCCUGUUCCUCUAUUUAGCAAGUGUGCUUGGAAAUGGUGCUAUUGUGUGUGUGGUGGUGACAGAGCACCAACUUCACACACCUAUGUAUUUCUUCCUCAGUAACCUAUCAUGCCUGGACAUUUGCUACUCUACAGUCAUUGUUCCUAAGAUGCUUGUUGGCUUCCUGUUGGCCCACCGAAGAAUCUCCUUUCUUGGAUGCAUCACCCAGCUCCAUUUCUUUCAUUUCCUGGGCAGCAGUGAGGCUCUUCUUCUAGCAGCCAUGGCAUAUGAUCGAUAUGUGGCCAUAUGUAACCCGCUGCAGUAUCUGCUCAUCAUGUGCCCGAGAUCAUGUCUUCUACUUGCAGCAGCUACAUGGACCAUGGGAUUCCUUCAUGCCCUGAUGCACUCCAUCAUGACUUCCCGACUAUACUUCUGUGGUCCCAAUAUCAUUGAGCAUUUCUUUUGUGACAUCAAACCACUCUUGAGACUAGCCUGCAGUAGCACAGUAGUCAACCUCAGCCUCCUCAACAUUGUCACUGGGUCAAUCGUCAUGAUCCCUUUUGUCUUAACUCUCCUCUCCUACCUUUACAUCAUCUCCUUUCUGUUCUUGAAGGUUCAAUCACACAGUGGGAGAUGGAAAGCCUUCUCCACCUGCAGCGCCCAUCUCAUGGUUGUAGGCCUGCUUUAUGUGCCAGUGCUUUUCAACUAUGUCCCUCCAUCUUCAGGAGACUCACCACAGAGAGACAUGAUAGCAACCCUCAUGUACAGUGUAGUUACCUCCUUUUUAAACCCUUGGAUAUACACUCUCAGGAAUCAGGAGAUGAAAAAAGCACUGAGGAAAAGCUUGGCUAGGCUACUGCAUUCUAUUAGGGGGUGA